AUGACAUCACCAAUCAAAACGAUUUCUCCAUUCUCCACAGUGGAACAUUAUCAGAAGAUUAUUUAUGAGUUGCUGUUACAACUCUCAAAAGACCCACAAAAUGCUGUUGAAGUGGCAAAUGUUGAGAAUAACAUUGCGAUCCUGAGGAACCACGUGGAACAGAUUAUGGAGAAACGACUAGAAGCUCUUCCAACAGCUGACAUCACAGAUGAUGAAUUCGAAGACGAAUGGGUGAUACUCGCAUGGGGUCUAUUGACUUCUCUCACUCGUCUUCCAGCUGAAAUUGUGGAACAAGGCAUCACUCAAAGUUUCAACCAUCUUCUUGUUCGUCUUGUCAAUAUUGCUCGUCCAAUGAGAAUUCCAAAAGUUUGUGCAGAAGCAAAGCAGUGGUGGAAUCAAUUUCAUGAGUUAUACAACAGUUCUCUUCAUUAUUUACACGGAUUAUAUUCUCAAUUGGAUAAUCCAAAUUGUAAUAUUGAAAUCAAGAUGAGAGCUUAUUUCACUAGACAGCUUCAACCAUGUCUAGCAGCAUUUCGCAGAAGUUGUGCUGAAAAUACACCAGGAUAUCAGUCGAAUCUUCGAAGAGUUCAAGUGGAAAAACUGUCAAAUCAAGAGAAAUUCUCAGAGAAAGAAUGCUAUGAUAUCAGAAGAUAUUAUUCUGGAUUAGCAUACACUUUGGGUCUUCUAGCUGUAAGAAUUCAAGGAUUUCGAUAUGAAUGUCAGACAUGCUCACAAAAUACAUAUGCAACACCAGAUACGUUAUGGCAGUUAUUGAACGAAGUAUUCCUCACUUAUGAAUAUGUUUUGAAUGAUGCGUUGAUGUGUAAUGAGCCAAAUAACUCACCAAUUAUGGUGACUAAUAAUCUGUUCACGUUCACGUGUCAUACGUUGUGUAGGACACUUGUAUAUCGAGCAUUUGAUAUUCAAAUAGUGAGUGAAGAGACAGCGUAUUCAAUUCAAGAUGAAAUAAUUCAAUGUCGAAAAGGAACAAGUACUCCAAAAGAGCCAAGAGUGUUCCCAUCAGCUGCUUUAAUUGCAAUGAAACCAACGACUGGAGUGAAGAGGAAUAAUGCAACUGCGAAUCAAAAAGGGACUGGUGGAAACACUGCACAUAAGAAAUCAGAUGUGAAUAGUCAAGAAUACGUUACGAUUCCUCCAACAUUCAGUGAAAAUUCCAAUGCUUGGCAGACAACUUAUCCACAUUUAUUAUGUACAACAAGACAGAAAGAUGCAGUACUUCUCGAUAGUAAAGCUGGAGCAACUGGAAAACGACCACUAUUUUAUUUCUAUAUUCGUGCAAAAACAUGGUCUCCAACUGGUGAUUACAUUUAUGUUCGAACACUAUCACUUCCAUUUACAAUCAGUACGAGAAGAAAUCAAGAUUGUCAAGUUCAAAGAAUGAAUUCUUCAUAUACGGCAACUUGUUUCUGGAUGUAUGGAACAUGUUCAAUCAAUGGAUUAUUGCUGAAUUGGAGUGAGAAACCACUAACAUGGACUCAAUUUAAAAAUUUGACUCGACGCUAUUUCAUGGUAAACGGAGAAGUGAAUAGAACGAUGGAGGAAUCAGAUUAUGCGCUUCUUGAAGAUAAAAUGCAUUGUGAACAAUGCGGAGAUGAUUCGAAUGAUUUCGAUGGUCAACCAGGAGAAGAUUGCAUCAGUUUCAAGAAUAUUCUAUGCUCUCAUUUGAGAUUUGAUACUGAUACAGUCCAGAUGAGAUUUAGUGUUUGGAGAGGAAUUCUCGAAGUUCUCCAGAUAUUUCAAGAUCCGAAAGCAGCUGUUAAGACUCUAUGGGAGCAUUAUUUGAUGCAUGGUUUCUUGGAUACACAGUCAGUUGUUAAUCUUCUGAUGCCACGUCAUAAUUGUAUGGUCAUUCGAUUAACAUAUAUUCUGGGUGGAAGUGUUUGUGUCAGUUAUCGUAAUCUUUGCGGAGAGAUAAUUCAUUUGGAACCAUUGGAGUUGAAAAAGCUACAAGCAAAAAGCAUUCUGGAAUAUAUUUCAGAUAUUGCAGAAACAGCAAAAAUUGACUACCUUCUCACCUAUAAUCUGGAAUAUAUGCCAGUCUCAAGUGUAAUUGAAAAAUUUUUCCCAGUGGAUGAAGUGAAAAGAGUCAGAGGAGUCGCAUCGAAUAUAACUGAUAAAGGACCAUUGAAUCAUGUGACACAUGUGAAAUUCACUCCGCUUCGAGUUGCAGUCGUCGCCUGUCGUGAACAGACACCUCGACCAUCUCCACGUCCAUCUGAAUCUCAUGACAUUCCAUGUUCAUCUGCAUCGACUUCUACCCCAUCCGAUUGUCUUUUCGCUGCUCCAAAUUUAAUAAGAAGAUACGAUAAUCAUCAGAAUCAGAAUCAUGAUCCUAUUCUGUCAAUGAUGAUGACGUCAACAUCUUCAUCCACGUCAUCUUCAACAGAAACUACACCGACAAUGAUGACUCCAGGUCCGACGGAUCAAUCAUUUGAAAAUCAACUGGAAGCACUCAUGAAACAUUACGGGAAAACACCGCAAGAGGUUUGUGAGAUUGUUUCUUUCGCUGCGAGACCCAAUCACACCCAUCAUCACAAUCAUCCCUUACUGCUACCGCCUAACACAAGUCUCCGUUCUCCAUCUCUUGGUCAACAUCAUAAUUCAAAUUUUGAAGAUUUGAUGGACGAUCUGAACAACCCGAAUGGUGAUUACAUGUCAUCUUUGGAUUUCUCACAUACUAAUCAUUUUCUACGCGUUUAG